CGACACCCUGCCUCGUUCUAGCGUUGUACUUUGAACCCAAUCAAAGAGGUACAGAAUUCAAAACUUGUCUCAAGAAAAACUCAACUUGCAGCAUGAAGACGGUUUUAGAAUUCGGAUUAUUUACUGGAGUGAGAAACUCAAGGAUUUUGAAACGGAAUGUUCCUUGCAAGGCCUCAGUCAGUACUUUACUGUUGCACAGUCGAAAUCACAGUGGGAGUGACUCAGAUUUUCUACAAAAGAGCUCUGUUCCAACAAUGCAUUUUCAAGGAAGCUUGCCACGUUUGCCCAUUCCAAAGUUGGAAGAUACUUACAGACGAUAUUUGGAUGCCCAAAAGCCAUUAUUGACUCCAGAACAGUAUGAAAGAGUGAAAGAAGUUACUAAAAACUUUAUUGAAUAUGAAGGAAGAGCACUGAAUGCAGAAUUAGUUGCUAAAGAUAACUUGAACAAAAACACCAGUUACGUUUCAGAACCUUGGUAUGACAUGUAUCUGAGAUACAGAAAGUCAAUUGUUCUCAAUCAUAAUCCAUUUAUUGUUUUCAACCGCGACCCAAACACCAGUGAUCCGUUGGUGAGGGCAACAAAAAUGCUUCAUGCUGCAGUGAGAUUCAAGAAAAGUUUUGACAAGGGGUUGCUUGCACCGGACGUCUAUCAUCUUAAUCCAAAAAAGUCAGACACCAAGUUUUUUCGCAGUUUUGUGAGAUUGUUACCAUCAAGUCUGUCCUGGUAUGGAGCGUACCUUUUCAAGGCGUUUCCGUUGGAUAUGAGUCAGUACAAAAGACUUUUCAACAGCACACGCAUCCCUUUGAAAGAGAAAGACUCCUUGGAAAGUUUUCCUGCAGACCGACACAUCUUGGUUAUUAGAAAUGGACAUUUUUUCACGUUUGAUCUCUUGAAGCAAGACGGAUCUGUUGUUUCAAAGGAUGAAAUUUACGCAAACUUGAAGGCAGUUGUUGAGCAGAGUGCCGCAAAAAACGAGAAUUCGUGUGGCGUUUUAACUGCAGAAGAGCGUGAUUAUUGGGCAGAGCUGCGAGCCAGGCUGAAGGACAACACGAAAAAUGCAGAAAUAUUGCGCAAAAUUGACGGAGCAUUGUUUGUUUUAUGCUUGGACGACAGAAAGUAUUCCGACGAAUACGAGGCAAUGCGGAUGUUCCUACAUGGCGUUGGUGGCGAUAGGUGGUUUGACAAGUCCUUCCAGCUUAUUCUCGAAGGUAAUGCUGAGGCCGCAAUUAACUUCGAACAUGCUUGGGGGGACGGUGUUUCCAUCGUUCGAUUUUUCAAUGAAAUUCACGAACAUUGCAUCAAAGAGGAGUAUCAACCGUCAGCAGCUGCACCGCCAGUGUCCAGCCUCGCAAAACACGAGUUUUUGAUCGACAAACCGUUUCAGGAAAUUCUACAGCAAUCACAGAAAAGGUUCCAAGAGUUUGUUGGCAAACUGAAGUUGUUUGCCAGGGAAGAAGAAGAAUUUGGCAAGAAUUUUUUUAAGGCAAAUAGGUUAAGUGCCGAUGGUGUGAUGCAGCUAGCGUUUCAAAUGGCAUACUAUAGGAUGUUCGGCUGCGCAUCACCCACGUAUGAGUCAUGCAGCACAGCGGCAUUUAAGCACGGACGGACAGAAACAUUGAGGCCAGCAACAACAGCAACAGUAGCUUGUUCAGAAGCAUUUGAUUUGAAUCAUCCAGCAGGCAUUGAAGAGAUGGUCCAUCUUGUUAGGAACUCAUCCGACAUGCAUGGCAAGCUGACCAAGGAAGCAGCCAUGGGGCAAGGUUUUGAUCGUCAUUUGUUCGCAUUAAAAACGAUUUCCGAAAAAAGUGGGCGUAAUGUGGAUUUUUUCCAAGACGAAGCGUACCUCAAGAUGAACCACAUCAUUCUGUCUACAAGCACUGUAUCCAGUCCCAACAUUCGAAUGGGCGGUUUCGCACCAGUCACGCCAAAUGGCCUUGGUGUCGGCUACAUGAUUCUUGAUGAAAAGCUUGGUUGCAAUGUUUCAGCAUACCCUGACAGUCCUAGCUGCACUGAUUUCGUAGAACUUGUAUUUAAAAGCCUUCGUGAUAUUUACAAUGUCUUUCAAGGCCAUAAUUUUAAAAAGUAAUUACUGUUGUAGUGAAUUUUCACAUGAAUAAUGCAGCUCUGUUCUUGUCUCUUUUCAUUCGGCCCAAAUUUAUUGGCUAUUUUCUGAGGUUAAAGCAAUUUUGCAGCUGGAUAGUAAAUAAUUUACUCGGACUCAACAGAAUAUUGCUUUUCAAACGAAGAUUAAAGGCAGAGUAUAAACGAACUUAUUGAUCUAGGACUACCUGCUUCUUUGGGUCAGUUUCGAAAGCUGCUAGAUAAAACAAAGGCUAGACUGAACUUUUGGUUUUAAAACAACAAAAUAAUUUAGCCUGGAUUAAUCGGACGGGGCGAUGAAUUAGAUGGGGAAUCCGCGUGAAACACGACUCCUGGUAAGAAUUACAGCCAGCUAUGACGUGGAGAUCAGCUUGAAUUUAUGUAUUUUGUUGGUGGAUUGGAAAUUAAGCCCACAGCCGCUACGAGGAAGGAGGCUGCGAUGUAGCCAUGUUCGUACAAAAUUAAUGACAAGAUUAUCUAGGUUUUUACACACCAAUAGCUGAGAUAGAGCCGCACCAAGCGAGUUUAGAGAAACUGUUUAUUUUGGGAAAAAAUCUUUAACAAAUCGACUUUCGUGGAGGUAGGAUAAGAGUGGGUGUUUGUGAUCAUGGUUGUUUGUCUCCAGCUUUAGGGUAUGCCCCAGAUAUUUACACAGAAGGGCCAUUUUGCUACCAAUAAAGGGUUUAGGUUGAAAUUGUGUCAUCUUGGAAAGCAGUUGAAUUCAAUUGAACAACAAUAAUAAUCAUGCAUAUAUAUAUAUACAGAAUAAUCCUAUCACUGAAUGUCCUGUAAGAAGUAAAAUAAAACGGAAAGAAAAAUAAGAAGGGAAAAUGUUAUCAAACUUGCAUUUAAAACUGUAGGAAUUGUAAUAAUUCAAUCGGUUUAUUGCUCGUCUAAAGUUGAAAUCGUAUCUUUUAUUUUUCUGCGGGCACCUGGUUGAAUAUCAACGCUUUUUAAAGUGCAAAAGCUCCUUUGCCCUCUUCUAAUACUAAUUGAGGCUCUUUUCUAGAUUUUCUGCUGCAAAGUCGGGUGUUAUCGGGGUUGAUUCCUAGAUACCUAUAGAUGUCUAUUUCACGGAUAUUGCCUUACGUAACGGCUGAUAAUUGAAAACAGUUUUGUGACUGGAAAUCAGAAUCUCGACAAAAUCUCGAAAUUUAAAUGUUUGUAAACAUGAAAAAAAGGAUGAUUAUGACUUCCAUAAAAGCUUGUUAACAAAUUUUUCUCUUGAAGGACUGAAAAAUGAGGGAAGCUAUUUGUAGUCAGACAUGUGUUAAGAUACAAGAAAUAUUUACAGGAAGUAUAAUACAAAUAAUGACAAAAAGUGGUACAUGGCGCCUUUGAGAUGCAACCUGCCAGUUGCAAAAAGGUAUAGUUUUCUAUCUGUGAGUAUAGGCUCUGAGUUUUCAACGCACAUAUCUUCCUCCAAGUUUGUCUAACUUUAGCAGUUUUCCUAAUCGCUGUUUCGCUGUCGUGCUGCCCUUUCGAAUUUUCUCCCUCUUUUUAUCUCCACCUGAAAUUUCGAAUGAAUAAUGGUAAUAUGGCUAUAGCUAACCAUAAAGCGUACAACUCCAAGUACUUCAUGUAGAUUGCACUGCCUUGGGUAGUUUGAGGCGAACAUCCAUACGGGCCAAUCCUCUGACAGAACAAUCUAGCGAUAGUAAACACUUAAGUGCCUCUUACGUCUCCCUAAAAUAUACCAUUUAGCUAUGAAAAUAAAUGUAAUUUAGAUAGAAUAAAUCUAAUAACUGUAUUGUUUAACGCAAUUACACAGGUCAAGGAGUAUGAUGGUUAGGAGCAUUUUUAGUUAUGAAGCCAAAUGUUCAGCUCAAAAUCCUCAAACUAUCCUAAAAGACCACAAUGUUUCUGAGUUCGGUUUGAGAAAAAUGUUUAGCUGGGAAAGCUAAUAAUUUGUGAAACAGCUGUGUACAACAAACAUUGCCUUACCUAGACCAUGUUUGCCUGAAGGUCCUGCGUCUUUUAGGCUUUUUGCUUUUGCCUAAAAAAAGUUUGCAGAUAAGACGAAAGUAGAAAAAGUCUGUUGUAACAGGGUUGUGAAGUUUACAGGCUGAACAAUUGUCAGACAGACAUAGAUCCACUAUUAAACGUCAGUUGUAUUACCGUAAGUCGUCGAAUAAGCCCCAUCUUCGAAUUUGUUCCCACCCUUUUGUGGGAACAAAACUUUCAUUUGAAGAAAUAAUGAAUAAUUUGUUGUGAAAUUUCCAUCAUGCUUAUGUUAGGACUUGAGGAUGCUUUAACAGAAUGAAAACUAAAACAGAUUCAAAUACUUACAUAAUCGUCGGGACCAGGUUUCGAACAAUCGAAGGAUGCAGUUUGAUGGCGAUGAGAUGUUCCACUAUUUAAUUUACCUUUGUAAAGAUAACCAGAAAAAGAAACAAGGAGUAAGUUAAUUUAACAAAACAGCUUUCAAGCCAUGUCGGCCAUUUUGUUUGCAAGCGUGAACACAAGAAGAUACCAGUUACACGAGAAGUACCAAAUAAAAAGUUAACCGUGCUGCUAUAGAGGUGCACACCUGUUUUAUCGUACCGAUUAAUUUCCAACUAGAAAUAAUCUGAUAUAUACUUCACUCCACAACAGUUGAAAAUGGAAAGAAUCUUAUAUGUUGUACUCAAAUAGUGUGGUUUGAGACCUGGAUCAAAUAUCUACAGCAAGGUCACUGUAAUUUUGAAAUAAUGCGAAGCUUAGGCUUUUGACAGAAAUACAACAGGCAACAAGACAGAAAAGAUUUAAAUCAAAUUACAUAAACAGGUAUAAGCGGAGAGCGGUCCGUAUAAAUCUUACUUUUUGAGCUCAAAGAAUUCUUUGCUUUCCGUUUGCCUCUUUGACCAGGGUUCCAUGAAAAAUCAUCGAAAUCAAGAUCAGAGGUUGUACUUAGCCUCGGGUAGACAAAGUUGGCAUCCUGGUAGUACUCUUCUUCCGGAUCAUAAUCAGAAUCAGCGUCCGAACGACUCCUUUUGAUUUUUCCUUGUGGCUUAGCAAGAGGUUCUCGGAUUACGUAAUCGUCGGCCAUAUUUGGCGUCUUCAUUUGACUGAUUGUAUGCCCUCUGUUUUCAUGAAACAAAUCUUUCUUCGUUGCAUCAAAUUGCUCU